CUGCAACAGCUGUUACUUAUUCGCAACCAUAAUAAAAGUCAUAAUAGAAGAUAGCGCAAUAUUUUCCCGUUUUUUCUUAUUGUGAAAUCGAAACUCGAAGAUAAACUAGUUAAUAAUUGUGACAAGUUCGUUUGGUAUAAGAAACAAACAAACUGUGUUUUGAAGUGAAAACAAAUAUAAAAUAAUGCUGCCUUCACCAAGUGAAUCAUCACAAGUGAGCACUAGCACAGAAAGUGAAACGGAGAAUGUUUUGUCCGAAGAGCAAUUGGGUCCUGCGACUAUUUUAUGCACACACGAUGGUGUGUUGCUUAAGAAAACAAGCGCAGAGCAUAUUGCUGAGUUAAAUAGCAGCGGUGCUUUAUCACUUGUUGAAUAUACCAAUCCACGUGUAUUAUUUAUCGAAUGGCGUCCAAAUGAAAAUAUACUUAUUGCUGACGAUAGUCAAGAUCAAGGUGAAUGGGCUUUAGUCGACACAAUAUCCAGACGUACACGCACCACAUCUGAAUGUAAAGUUUUCAAUACGAAACCCAUAGACCUAAACAAUCCCGCUAGUAAACCACGUCUUAUACGCACAAAUUUAGAAGAGCUCAAAUCAAUAGAAGUUAAGCGUCGUGGUCACUCUGUACGCCUAAUGCGUCAAAGUGACGGGACUGUACACACUGAAUAUUUUUUUCAACAUGGCAACGCAGAUCUAUUUGUGCGCUCAAUGCGUCAAUUGCAUAUUAUUGAUGUUGCACCAAAUAGUCGUAAUGGAGAGGAGUACAUAAUUCUGACCACCGAAAAGCAAAAGUUAAAGAAAACAUUCGCUGAAUUGGAUAUUGGUGAAAUUAAGGCAAGCUCAGCAGGCAAUGAGAGCUGGCUGCCGAAUAAAGUGGUUGGGUUUCUAAUUAAUAUACCAGACUUUGUGCCACCGCCCUUUCAUCGUUCCUCGCCAAAAUCACGUCCUGGCUCACUUGAUGAUGGUGAUCGGUCAAAAUUAUCUACAUCCACCGAAAAUUAUCAAAUGAUUGGUUUAAGUGGUAGUAACACUGCUAGUUCCGGCAGUCCAAGUGGCAAUGUUAGUACUGAAAAAUCUCCAGUCGAUAGUGAACUGGAAAAUGGAAAGGAACAAGAUGAAAAAAUUGUUAAUACGUUACCAGAGCGACAGACUGUCACAAGAAGUGCUCCUCUUAAUGAAACACAAUGGCUAGAGUUUCGUACACAUGAAGGUCGUAUUUCUGAUCCAACGCGUAUUAAGGAAAUUAUAUUCCGUGGCGGUAUAGAGAAAAAUCUACGUGCUGAAGUGUGGAAAUAUCUGUUAAAUUAUUUCAAAUGGGACGAUACGGAUGUUCAACGCAUACAACGACGCAAAGAAAAGUCUAUGGAAUACUACAGCAUGAAGGCCCAAUGGCUGUCCAUAACGUCCACGCAAGAGAUCAAUUUUUCUGGCUAUCGAGAUCGUAAGUGUCAAAUCGAAAAAGAUGUCAAACGCACAGAUCGCACAUUAGAGUUUUUUGCCGGUGAAGAUAAUCCCAAUUUAAUGCUACUUCAAGGCAUACUUAUGACUUAUGUCAUGUAUAAUUUUGACUUGGGUUAUGUACAAGGCAUGUCCGAUUUGUUGGCACCUAUAUUGGCAAUACAAGAGAAUGAAGUUGAUGCAUUUUGGUGUUUUGUCGGUUUUAUGGACAUGGUAUUUGCUAAUUUUGAUAUCGAUCAGGCUGGCAUGAAAACACAAUUCAGUCAAUUACGUCGCCUGUUAGAGUUUGCCAAUCCGCGCCUUUUCAACUAUAUGAUAACACAUGAUUCCGAUAAUAUGUAUUUCUGUUUCCGUUGGUUGUUGGUUUGGUAUAAACGUGAGUUUAGCAACGAUGAUGUGCUUAAACUUUGGGAGUGCCUAUGGACACGUUUACCAUGUCCGAAUUUCCAUAUAUUGGUCUCCGUUGCAAUACUUGAUCAGGAAACAGAUAUUAUAAUUGAAAAUAAUUACGAAUUUACAGAAAUACUGAAACAUGUCAACGAAUUGUCUGGCAACAUUGACGUUAAGCGCACAUUAGAAAACGCUGAAGCGAUUUACUUGCAAAUUAAAUCUGCUGAUUAUUUGCCAAAUGAUAUACGCCAAAUUAUUAAUGAGCCUUUAUUGGAACCGUUAAAUGGCAAUGAUGGACUAUCGACUGAUGAACAGGAAGACUUUGAGGAUGCCUUUGAUGAGUUGGUACACGAAUUGUCGGACGAAGAGAAACGUCGUCAGCAAGAAUUGCUUGAGGAAGCAUGUGAGCGAUCUAUGUUUUUACAAUUUAUGUAACUUUUAUUGUCUGAAUAUAACUGCAGCUAUAAGAAUAAUCACAAAAACAGCACCAAUAAGUCACACAAAAAUCUUACAAUUCACACAAAUACACCAAUUUAGUUUAAUGUUAAUAUUAUUAUAAUUUUUUUAAUUUUUUAAAUUUUAUUUUUUAUUUUACAGAUGAGA